AUGAAAUUUUUCGCCAAAACUUGCAUUCUCUUGACGCUUUGGCAGCUGGUUUUGACCCAAAGAUACCUAUUUCAGUCGGCUGUGGUCUCCUUCAAGCGCCUCAAAGACACGCGGGUAGCAAACCUCUCGCUUUCGAGACUCACCACCAUCGACCAGCACCAAUUCGCGAAAGCCGUCGACAUCAAAAUCCGCACAAAGAAGAUGAAAAUGUACACCGGCGCGGUUAAAAAUUUACCGAAUUUGAAGAUUCUGCGAGUGAAAGACUGCGGGAUCCAGGUUUUGGAACAAAACGCUUUCCAGAAUUUACCCAAAAUCGAAGAAGUGCACAUGCAGGAGAACGAUCUAACGGUGAUCGUCAACGGGGUGUUCAAUUACUUGCCGAUUCGCGAAUUGUGGCUGCAGCAGAACGAAAUAACGACUAUACAGUCCGGAGCUUUCGACAACAUGCCAGCUUUGGAGAUUAUACGUUUGAACAGGAACAUGCUAUCGAGGUGGGAUAGUCGAUGGUUUGUGAACACCCCGAAGUUGCGGAUAGUGCAAUUCAGAAGAAACAAAGUCACCGAGUUGCCGGCCAAAGCUUUUAUUAACAUAAAGACGAGUCACGAAGUGAACGGUGAAGAAUACGUCGACACGCAGAUUUUUUUGAGCAGCAACAACAUUUCGUUUAUACACCCGGAAGCUCUGGAUGGAAUAGACUCGUUACAUGAACUGUGUUUAAGGAAAAACAAUCUCAGGGAAGUCGACUGGAAAGUGUUUUCGCAUAUGACGGAAUUACAUAAACUCAACUUGGACAAAAACUCCCUUUCGAAAAUUGAGAGUGAAGCUUUUGAAAAUAUGAGCGAAAUGCUGGAAUUGAAUCUGUCACGGAAUUUGUUCGAGUGCGUUCCGUACGACGUCGUUUCCAAGGUGAAGAAGGUGAUCCUUCGGAAAAAUUACGAUUUUAAGUGUUCGUGUUUGCACAAUUUGAGGGAGAGGUUGAGGGAGGAAAAGCGCGAGAAUCAAAUUGAUGCCGUGGAGUGCAACCAGGAACCGAUUGAUAAAUAA